AUGGGGCUAAUGGGCGAACUCGAGGCGGCAGCGACCAAGAUCCAGGCAGCGUUCCGUGGUCACAAAGUGCGCAAAGAUAUGAAGCAAGGAGACGGUGUAACCGAGCAGGGCCAGCAGAAGCAGGACCAGCAGACGGAACGGGAACCAACCAAGGAGGAGCUGGAGGCCGAAUUCGACCCGAACGACCAAGAGCUGACCCACGCCGCCACCCGUAUACAGGCCAGCUUCCGUGGCCACAUGGCCAGAAAGACGGCCGGCGCAAAGGAGGACGAGAAGAAGGAGGUGGAUAUUGAUGAAAUUACCAAAAAGGUCGCCGAAGAGCUGGACAUCGAUAUGGACGAUCCGGAGCUGCACAAAGCGGCCAGCAAAAUUCAGGCCUCCUUCCGAGGUCACAAGGUGCGCAAGGAGGUGCCGAAAGAGGGCGAAAAUUAAGCUGCGCCAAAG